AUGGGUAUCCUGCCUUGCGUGAAAACUUACAAUGAAGAUGAAUAUAAUUCAAGACAAAUCGACAGAGAGAUUAAACAUUGGAUCAAAUCUUAUAAUGACGCCAUAAAGUUAUUACUCCUAGGGACGGGUGAGAGCGGUAAGACAACUAUAAUUAAACAAAUGAAGAUUUUACACGUUCAAGGCUUCACGGCUAGCGAACGUAAAGAGAAAGCUGAACACAUAAGGCAUAAUACACACGAGUCGAUCUAUGAUAUAGUUAGGAACAUGGCAACGCUGAGUAUAGCGCUUCAGGAUCCGAAAAAUGUACAAUCACAACAGUAUAUACUUAAAAUAGGACCCGAUGGACCGUUGGAAUAUAAUGAGGACUAUUUCGACCACGUCAGAAACCUAUGGAAGGAUAGUGGAGUGAGAGAAUGCUUCAGGAGAUCAAACGAAUACCAACUCCUGGACAGUGCGGAGUAUUUCCUGGACAGAAUCGAUUUAUUAGCAAAGAGCGAUUAUUUACCCACCGAUGCUGAUAUACUUCGAUGUAGACAAAAAACAACUGGAAUACAGAAGAUUGAAUUUAAAGUUAAAGUACCCAAAUCAAUGCACGGUGGUAUACAAGAGUUUUGGAUGUUUGACGUUGGAGGUCAGAGAGGGGAAAGGAAAAAAUGGAUACAGGUAUUUGAAGGUAUCCACGCCAUAUGGUUCGUGGUGGCGUGUAGUGACUUCGACCAAACUCUUCGGGAGGAUCACACUCAGAACAGAUUGAAGGAAGCACUGGUGCUUUUCGAAGAUGUGUGGCAAAGUCGAUUUUUAAUAGAAGCAGGUCUUAUAGUAUUCCUUAACAAGCAAGAUAUUUUGGAGAAUAAGAUCUGUCAGGGACGCAGUAUAGCUCCGUACUUUCCAGAGUACCGUCAGUUUGAGAGCCAAGGUGAUGAAUAUACAAAGACUAAGAUGUUCAUUAGGAGUUUAUUUGUCGAUUUAACAACAAAAAAACGCGAACGUCGCAGGUAUACGGCCACAGCUGAAAAAUUCGUCAUAGUUGAGACAUCUCGACCCAGAGAAUGUUAUUUUCAUUUCACAACAGCUACUGACACGGAUAAUGUGAGAACGGUGUUCAGGGACGUGCAUCAGAUGAUAUUGACGCACAUGUUGAAUAAUAUUGGAGUUUAUUAA